AUGGAGUCCCCCUCAGCCCCUGCCCACAGAGGACUUGGCCUCUGCCAGGGGCUCCUGCUGGCUGCUUCACUCUUAACAUUCUGGAGCCUGCCCAGCACUGCCCAGCUCACUAUUGAAUCAGUGCCGCCCAAUGCUGCCGAAGGGAAGGAUGUGCUUCUCCGUGUCCACAACCUGCCUGGGGAUCUUAGAGGCUAUACAUGGUACAAAGGGGAAAAAGUAGACAGCGACCAUCAAAUUGUAUCAUAUGUAAUAGACACUCAAAAAAUCACCUACGGACCUGCAUACAGUGAUCGAGAGAAAAUAUAUCCCAAUGGAUCCCUGCUGUUUCAGAACGUCACCCGGAAGGACACAGGAUACUAUAUCCUACUAGCCACAGACAAAAAUUUUCAGAGCAAACAAGUAACUGGACAGCUCCGUGUAUACACGGAGUUACCCAAACCCAGCAUCACAAGCAGCAACUCCCACCCUGAGGAGCACAAGGACCCUGUUGUGUUAACGUGUGAACCUCGGACUCAGGACACCACCUACCUGUGGUUGAUCAACAGUCAGAGUAUCACGAACAGUGCCAGGCUGCAGCUGUCCAAGGACAACAGGACUCUCACUUUACUCCCUGUCACAAGGAAAGACACAGGACCCUAUGAGUGUGAAACCCGGAACCCCGUGAGUGCUGGCCGCAGUGACCCAUUCACCCUGAAUGUUGUCUAUGGCCCAGACGCCCCCAUCAUUUCCCCAUCAGACUCCCAUUACCUACGUGGGACAAACCUCAAACUCUCCUGUCAGGCAGCCUCUCACCCACCUGCACAGUAUUCUUGGCUUAUCAAUGGAAGGCCCCAGCAACCCACACAGGAGCUCUUUAUCCGCAACGUCACUUCCAAUGAUAGUGGAUCCUAUACCUGCCUUGCCCAUAACUCUGUCACUGGCCUCAAUAGGACCACGGUCAAGACUAUCACAAUCUCUGCGGAGUUACCCAAACCCAGCAUCACAAGCAACAUCUCCAACCCCGAGGAGUACAAGGACCCUGUCAUGUUAACGUGUGAACCUCAGAUUCAGGGCAUCACCUACAUGUGGUUGGUCAGCAGUCAGAAGCUCCAGGCCAGUGCCAGGCUGCAGCUGUCCAAGGACAACAGGACUCUCACUUUACUCCCUGUCACAAGGAAUGACAUGGGACCCUAUGAGUGUGAAAUCCGGAACCCCGUGAGCGCUGGCCGCAGUGACCCAUUCACCCUGAAUGUUUUCUAUAGUCCGGAUGCCCCCCUCAUUUCACCCUCGGACUCCUAUUAUCUACCAGGGGCAAACCUCAGUCUCUUCUGUCUCUCAACUUCUAACCCACCUACAGAGUAUUCUUGGCUUGUCAAUGGGCGGCCCCAGCAACCCACUCAGAAGCUCUUUAUCCCCAACAUCACUGCACAUGACACUGGAUCCUAUACCUGCCUCACCCAUAACUCUGUCACUGGCCUCAAUAGGACCACGGUCAAGACUAUCACAGUCUCUGGUAAGUUGGGAAAGCCCUCCAUCAGAGCCAGCAAUGCCACAGUCACAGAGCAUAAGGACGCCGUGGUCCUGACUUGCCUCACCAAUGACAUGGAGAUCUCCAUCCGGUGGCUCUUCAAGAACCAGAUUCUACCUCACAAGGACAGGAUGAAGCUGUCCUGGGACAACAACAUCCUCACCAUAGACCCGGUCAGGAGGGAGGACACUGGGGGUUAUCAGUGUGAGGUCUUCAAACUCAUCAGAUCCAGCAAAAGUGAGUCCCUCAGGCUGGAUGUGCAACGUAAGUGA